AUGUCUUGGCUCAGUUGCUCCAGGUUUAUUGAUGGAAUUUGCUCUAGAAGUGAAGAUUUGCGAAUUCGGACAGCUAUUCAGUUGAGGCACUUUGUUGGCUCCGAGCUAAAAGAACUUUCUGUACAGAAUUACAUUGAUUUUAUCGAUUCAAUGUGUAAUGAGCUUAUAAACAUCAUGCACGUUGGUGACCUAUUCGCUAAAUCUGGAGCUGUUAUUGCCAUGGGCUGUUUAGCCGAAGUUGAUUUUAUGAAUAUGCAUGGCUAUUGCAUUAGAUUUGCUGCCAAGAUAUUAAGUAAUUCUGCCCCAAUGGAUCUGUAUUUGGCUACGCUAGAGGCUCGCUUGCUGGGACAAUUCUGUCUUUUAUUCUCAGAACUCCCAGAGACCCUACUGCACAGGGCCAGGAAAACACUUUGUGAUUUUACUAAGAAUGAAAAUAGGCAAUUUUGCAUUCUAUUGAUUCGGGAAAUUGCUCUUCAUACUCCAAAUAGACUACAUCAAAAUAUUGGUGUAUUCAUGCUUCCGCUUCUCGCAGCGUUUCGUGACAGACAGAUGGUUAAUCGUGAACUAGCCGCCAUGUCCGUGCGUGCAGCAUUUGCUGUUAUAGCAGAACGCGAGAUUAAUCACUAUGGUGGAUUUUCACUGUCAAGUUCGCAACAAAGAAUGCUAAAUGUCUCAGGUUCUGGCGGCCGAUCUAUUAUUUUGACGGGGGAUUUAUCGCGCCAUAAUGCAAUGAGCCUUAAUACUGUCCCGGCCUUAUCACUACGUUUUUUUAAUAUGGGAAAUAUGUUAAUACCAGCUGUGGACCCCAAUUCUUCUGCUGUACAAACCUCUUAUGACUGUUACAGGCGAUAUCUCAACGAGGCUCUUCAGCUACAUGGCGAGAUUUCCUCUGAGCUAGCUUCAUUUCUUCAGAUAGAUACUUCACAUAAG